AUGGAUGUCGCCUAUGACCACAUCCAGGAGGAGAUCCUGACUUCGCAGGGAGACGCCGAUAACAACAAUAAUAACAAUGCUAGUACCAACCAACGACAGAACCUUGACCUGAACGCCGAAUUCCAGGAAACUUUCCGUGCAUUUUCUGCGAGUCCAUGGGGAACACGGCUCGGGGGUUUUUGGAAUAAUGUCCGCAAGCAAGGAGAGAGCUACUACGAGGGGGCUCGACAGGAAUACGCCGCCGCGAGCGAAGAGGCCGUCAAGGGCUUCACCGACCUCCGGGAGAGUCUUGUCGGGCGCACGAGGGGGCUUUCUUUGAGCACAGCAUUCACGGCGGGGAAUUCCCCGGAGGGCGAUGAGACAGAGGGGGACAAGGAUGGGGCCGUGACGCCUACCUCCAAGGAGGCACCGGAUGGACAACAACAACAACAGCAGCAGCAACAGGAGGAGGAGGAGCCCCGCCAGAGUGGGGAAGGAUUCAUCUCUCGGUUUAAGACCGAGGCUGCUCGGCGACUCAAAGAAAUCGAGAAGGCAGAGGAGGCCGCUGACGAGGCUAUUCUGCGCUUUGGCAUGAAUGUGGUGCAGAAGAUGCGUGAAGCGGUGAGCAUCGUCCCGCCGGGCGACGAAGAGUCCUCCAAGCUGCUCUUUGAGAGCAAGGAUGCGGAAGGCAAGAGGGUUAUCCACGCCACGCGCUUCGAAGCCCAGCUGCACGUCAUCCACUCGAAUCCGGAGAGUUUCUCCAAGGACCCGGUCAGCGACCAGUGGGCCAAGUUUAGAGAGGAUUUCAACAUUGAUAGCAAGACUAGCGCCAUCGCGGCUGACUUGGAAACAUACCCAGAACUUCGGGAGGCCAUGGAGAAGCUAGUGCCGGAGACGGUCGAGUAUGCCGAUUUCUGGACCCGGUACUAUUUCCUUCGUCUGGUUAUUGAAACGGAAGAGAAAAAGCGCAAGGAGCUGUUGAAAGGCGCGAACGUGGACGAGGAGGAAGAAGUCGGCUGGGACGAUGAUACCGACUCGGAGUCUGACUCGGGAUCCGAUUCCCCCUCUACCCCCCAGGUCAAGUCUAGCAAGUCUCUCGCCCCCGCUGCUGCUGUGUCGGAGAAAGACACUUUGAAGCCCGGCGAGCCUCGCCGGUCUAACGACCAGCAGUCGCAACCUGAUAGCGAAUCAAGCUAUGAUCUGGUCAGCGGAACUGCGAGCCGGGCACCCGAAAGUCCUAAGGAGAAGACCGCAGCCACCGACGCCAAGGCCGAUGAAAGUGACGAGGACUGGGAGUGAUAUGCCUGUGAAACCCUUUUAUCUCUUCUUCCUCGAUGCUGUUGGUUUGUUAUUUCUGAUUAAAACCACGACCCACCCCUCGCCCACCUUUAUGCGAUGCUCUCAGCCCACUGGUUGUUCUGUCGCAUCGAGACGAAUCAUGGAUCUAUGCAGUACUUUCCUUUCAGAUAGGCGUACUUCGGCUUUUGGCGUUGAUCGGUCAUUCAUCACUCUCAUCAAUUUACUCUCCGUCCAGUACUGUUUUUUUUCUUUUUUUCAGCGAUGAUAUUCAGGGCGAGGAAGCUGUCUUCUAUACGGUGAUUUUAUAGCCUAGCAAAUUCAAGUUUCUAGUCCUUUUCCCUAAUGGAUCAUGGACGAACUCCCUCUUUCUGUGAGUAGCUAGCUGUGUUUGGUCUGUAUGG